CAGACUGUAAUAAAUAAUAAACACAACACUAGUGUUGACGCAAUCAGUAAAUCAUAGCCGCGUUUAUCAACGCAACGGCCAUUCAAUACAACACUACUACUACUGAUCGCACAUAUUGUACGGCUAUUACUACCUCUACUGACACAACACGUGUUCAGUCAGCCGGUGGUCAUUGAUAGCGGUGUUGUGGAUCAGCUGCUGAUGAACUGAAUACCAGGCGAUUGGUUGUCACUAAUCAAAGACAUCUCAUUAUCACCACCACUACCAUCACAACCACCACCUGAUGGCCUCGUGGUUCACCGACAUCGCCGGUAAAGCCGAGAAUCUACUGAACGCGAUGGACAAGUCGGCCGCCACUGUCCUCCACCAGCCCUCGCAGUCUUCCUCCACGACGUCCACCCUCUCCGGCGGCGGCGGUGGGGGUAAUGGUGGCCAUCGAUCGGCCGGUCGUUACGAUUACUAUACCGCUGAUGGCGGCGGUGCCGAAGACAUGUCCGAAACCUGUCAGCCCUCCCCCCGUAGUCUUCAGCAGUUCUAUACAAUUAAGACAUGUUGUAGUCUUUUAGUUGAUCCCAUUAUUACCACCACCACAUGUGUUGUACAGUGCGAAGACAUACCCGAAGAGAGCGCCCUAUUAUCGGUGUCCACCGGUGCCGGACAUACCGGCGCCGCCCGUAAGGACAGCGGCGGCGAGUCGUCGUCCUCAUCGGUGCGCGUGAUGUCUUCGUCGGCGUCGCACUCGCCGUCGAGUCCGUCGCCACCGGCGGUCUCCCAACAACCCCAUCAUCCGCCGGACUUUGAGGGUCGGAUCAAGUCGUUGACCGGCGAGAUAUCGUUUCUCAAUCGGCGUAACAUCGAGUUGGAGACCGACUGCAAGCGGCUCCAGAAGCGGGUCCACAAUUGGGUUCAACAGAUGAGCGCUUCAGACAAUACGAUACGCGAGUUGCAGUCCCGGGAAUCCGAUCUAACCGCAAAUCUGGACGCAAAGGACGGACAGAUAGCGAUACUGAAGGUGCGUCUGCAGGAGACGGACGCAGAGCUCGGCCGACGGCUCACACAAAUCCAGACACUGGAACAGCUGAACGAAUCGCUGCGGACUGAGGCCCAGUCGGACACCAGCACAGCGGCCGACGCUGUCGACGAUCUGCGGCUACGUAUCCGCCACUUGGAGGCCGAACUCGAGCGCGAGAGGGAUGAGCUCCGGGCGGUUCAGACGCAGACCAUGGCUCAGAUCGGACGGCUCGAGGACAACCAGAAAUCACUGGUGGACGAGAUAUCGAUACUUCAGCGCCAGAUAGCGGUGGAAAAGGCGGCCAACAGUGAGCUCGAGGUACGGGUGAAGAGCUCUCAACAGCUGCACCAAGACUUGGACCGCGAUUACCAGGAAUUCAAGGCUAAGGCGAGCAAAACCCUCGCCGACAAAGACGAGCUAAUCCGGGCGCUCAAGUCGGCCGCCGACGGGACAGCGGACGGCGAUGGUGUCGACGGUGGCGGCCAGGGAUCCGAUGACAGCGUACAGCGUGUGCUACAGUCGCAGUGCGACGCUAUGGUACAGGAGAUACACGAGUUGAGGGAAAAGUACGACACACUCCGCCGGCAGUACGACAGGUGUCAGGCCGAAGAGGUGACCGAGUUGUCGGCGCGGGUCGAGUCGCUGGGCGGUCAGUUGGCCGGCGAACAGCGCGCGCGUACGGACGCCGAGCUGGAGCUGAAACAGGCGCGCGAAGAGAGCCGUUACUAUCAAUCGGAUUUGGCUCAGAGUCGCCAGUCGUUGGAGUCCCGCAUCGGCGACAGGGAUGUGGAGAUUGAAAAGUUGCGCAAACAGUUGGUCAGCAAACGCAGCGCCGGCACCGCCGCCGCCAACGCCGAAGAAUACGAGGAGCGGUUCCGCGCGUUGACCGACAAUCUGAUCCAAAAGCAAACGCUGGUUGAGUCGCUGUCGUCGGAACGCCACUCGUUGUCACUGCAGUUGGAGAGAAGCGAACAGAGGCUGAGAGACGCCAUGGCUGCCGGCGGUGGCCAGAAGGGGGCCGAAGUGGCCAUAGGUAUACACCAUUCGCCGUCGUUCACGAAUCUGGUCAACCGGAACAGCUCUGCCAGCGGCGGCGGUGGGGGUAGUGUUCGGCCACUUAUGGAGGACUAUCCCGGCGAUGGACACGUCACACGUCGUGUGAAGAGAGCUUACGGUCAGAUCGACGCGUUUAGUAUACGUUUGGGCAACUUUUUGCGGGCCUACCCGUCAGCCCGGGCGGGCGUAUUGGUGUAUAUAAUUAUUUUGCACCUGUGGGUGGCGUUUGUGCUGAUUUACUACGAGCCCGAACAGCACGGCCCUAAUUAUCAACAUAAAAUGCCCGAGAUGGUCACCGAUUGACCCGCUUUUGACCCGAUUUUGGCCGUUUUUCGGGUGCUUUUUGACCAGAUUUUCUAUUGAGAUGUUUUUUGUUGCCAAC